AUGUACACCGCAUUCUGUUCGCGGCGUGGUUUUCCAUCACAUGUGAUCAAGCUGGACGUGCAGGAUGGACCUUCCGAAGAUCGACUCAGUGAAGCGGUUAUCGAAAUCGAUGCAGGUGGGGCAUAUGACCUCUUAAGGACCGAGUCGGGGGUGCAUCGGGUACAGAGAGUGCCAGCGACGGAAACAAAGGGACGCACACACACCAGUGCUGUCAGUGUAAUGGUUCUCCCAAGCUUCCCAGAUACCGCAACUGGCGCAGAAGGUGCACUGAAUUUUGAUGAUCCGAAUAGCGAUUAUUAUAUCGACCCACAAGAAGUUCGCACCGAAAAGAUGCGCGCGAGUGGAGCAGGAGGACAGCAUGUGAACAAGACAGAGUCAGCCAUCCGGUUGACUCAUAUACCAACAGGAACUGUCGUCUCAAUGCAGGAUUCUCGUUCCCAGCACGCGAACCGCAAGAAGGCCUGGCAGGUACUGCGAGCGAAGCUAGCAGAGGCAAGACAGGAAUCCCGCGAACAAGAACUUGUUGAAUUGAGAAGAGGCGUCCUUGGAGGUGUCGCUCGGAUGGGUCGUGGUGACAAGAUUCGCACAUACAACUAUGGGCAGAGUCGUUGUACUGAUCAUCGUAGCGGGAUUACUGUACACAAUUUGGAUGAUAUUCUCGGGGGCGGCCAGGGUCUCGAUACUGUAAUGGAUAGUGUUCGAACUUGGCUUGCCGACCAGGAGAUAGCGGCCAUGUCUAUAGAAAAAUCAGCAUAG